CGAGCUGCGCGGGCCGGAGCGGAGCGGGGCGGAGGCGGAGCGCGGCGAUGUGCAGGAUGUCGUUCAAGAAAGAAACACCACUUGCCAAUGCCGCAUUUUGGGCUGCAAGAAAAGGAAACCUGGCUCUCCUCCAGCUGCUGCUGAACAGUGGGCGAGUAGAUGUGGACUGCAAAGACAGCCUUGGCACAACAGCUCUGAUGGUGGCAUCUUACUAUGGCCACAUAGAUUGUGUGCGGGAAUUGGUGUUGCAAGGAGCAGAUAUCAAUCUGCAGAGAGAGUCAGGUGCAACUCCGCUGUUCUUUGCUGCACAACAAGGCCACAACGAUGUAGUGAAGUUUCUCUUCUCAUUUGGAGCCUCCACUGAAUUUAAGAAUAAAGAUGGAGGUACGGCUCUCCUGGCUGCCUGUCAGUACGGGCACGCAAAAGUAGUGGAAACUCUGUUGAAGCACGGCGCCAACAUUCACGAUCAGCUCUACGAUGGAGCUUCUGCAAUUUUCCUGGCGGCACAAGGAGGCUAUCUGGAUGUCAUCCGACUGCUGCUUUCUUCAGGAGCAAAGGUUAACCAGCCACGGCAGGAUGGGACAGCUCCCUUGUGGAUCGCCUCACAGAUGGGUCACAGUGAAGUGGUGCGAGUCAUGCUGCUCCGCGGUGCUGAGCGAGACGCUGCGAGGGAUGAUGGUACGACUGCAUUACUGAAGGCUGCCAUUAAGGGAUACAACAACGUGAUAGAAGAGUUGCUGAAAUUCUCUCCCACGCUUGGCCUGCUUAAGAACGGGACCUCUGCUCUCCACGCAGCCGUCCUGAGUGGCAACGUGAGGACAGUGGCACUGCUCCUUGAGGCAGGAGCGGACCCAUGCCUGAGGAACAAGGCAAAUGAACUGCCAGCAGAACUAACAAAAAAUGAACGCAUCCUCCGACUCCUCCGUGCAAAGGAAAAGCAAAGGAAAAGCUAAUGCAGCCCUGUAGCAAAUGCAGUUUGACAGAGACGUGCCCUGACCACAGCAGCAUGACAGUAAACCCAGGCUACCUGAGAAGGGCUUGUUGGAACAGUUUGAUUAGCCUCUCCGGUACAUGCUCCCUGAAUGCACGAUGCCCUUGCCAUAGGGUCACCACGGGCUAAGGCCUCCGCCCAGCAUCGCUGGACACAGGACUGUGACGAGAGCGGGGUGGAUCCAGGAGCUGCGUUUGCACCGCAGCCCUGCCUGUGCUCCAGGAUCCCACCGCUCCCAGCACCACCGUUUGCUCCCCUACGCCUGCAGAGCACGCAUCCCCACACAGGCGAGCACUCCUGCCGUAUCAGACACGCAUCCCCAUGGCCACAUACCUGUAACAGGUGCCUGGGGGUGCAUGUGUGGGUUGGGAGCACUCGGCUCUUGUGCCAGAAGGGUGACCCAAUUCUUGCAGCUGUUUGGAUUCAGAUGGUCCUGGCACAGCCCCAUGGUGCUUCUGCCCUCCCUUUGGCGACUGUACUAGCUCAGAUCAUUCCUCUCUACCUCCAAGUGCCACGCGAGGCUAGAGGUGAGAUCCUGCCUCAACAUCACAGCAGGAAAGGUCCUCCUGCCAGCCCAGGGUUUUGGUAACAUUUUUGCUACUACAUGAGACUCCGUAAAAACGAUCAAGAGCAUUAAAAAUUAUGCCAAAAGCUAUCAACCAAACAAAAAUCAAGGAAAUGUCCUCUCAGUCAUAGGAUCUUGAUCUGACACUGUCCAGCAACAGAAACGCAGAGGAGCAGUUGAUUUUGCAAUGUCUAUGCAGUGCUAUGGGAUCCAUCCCCAACCUUACAAAUGUGCAUUUUUGUGAGUAGGGGAGGACCAGUUUCUUAGCAAACCAACAUAGGCAUAAAUCCACUGGCACAAGUACAUCAGAAACUUAGCUGUCGGGCACAACAAACAGCACAGACGCUAUACAGGUGGUACACAUAUGUUCUGCACUCACAGAUGUGUGACACUAUGGUUUAAUACCCACAGCUACUAUGCAACACACUUGUAACCCAGGUCUGUGACACGAGCUAAGGGAGACGUGCACAGUAUACAGGUGUUUCAACAGCUGGUGAGGGUAACACGUAGUCAUACUGAACAGGCCCACUAAUUAAUGCAGGCAUGGAAAAUGAACUCUUCAACAGCAGUUUUGGCCUUUGUUGUGGUUAAGACACUUAGUGUGCUACGCCUGUGUGGAAAAAGCAGUGCAAAUUGCAGGUGGUUUGUGAAGAGCUGUGUUUUAACCAUGGUACUGUAAGACACCCCGUUAAAACCCAGCCAUUUUUUGCAGUAUAAACAGUAUAUACUAUGCCAUGUUGGCCACAAAAACAUUCGAGACUAAUUUAUAGUGAGUUGAGGUAAAAAGUUAAUUCAGUACAUAAAUACAGGCACUUCACCUGCCUUCAAAGAUUGUAAGGAAAUGAAAUAUUACUUGCUUAAAAAAUGUCUGGCUAGGAUUCAGCUGAACUGUUGCACUUUUGCUUUAGUGAGUUAAAAGGAAAUCUUUUAGUGAGCUAGCACAAAUGAAUGUAAUUUAUGUAGUGAAAAUUAGCCACAUAUAUUACCAAAUCAUAAAGUUAUUCUGUCUGUGAGUAAGUUAGGUAAGAAGUCAAUGCUCUGGUGAAUAGAAGUGGAUGUACCUUUGCUUGCAUGCUGGAAUUGCUAUUCAAUUUCUAUUCAGCAUUAAAGAGGAAAGCUCUUAAGUUUUCCAACAAUGUAAUAAGAUACCAGAAAAGUCUAUUUGUUUAGGUAAUUUAUUCUGCUUUUAAAUUAAAAUAAUGUUGCGCCUAAGAGAAACUUGAAGAUGAACUGGUACAGAAUCAAAGAAUUAUGCAAGAUGCUUAGAGGAUGACUGUAUCCAGUGUUAAGUUCUGCAAAAAACUAAAAAAUACUGAGCUAGCAGAAAUCUCAAAAGCCUUAUUGGGAACUUAAGUUGCGCAGCAUUAGAUGGGAUUGCACUCUAACUUUUUCAACAAACAACACCGGAGAGGACAGGUUUAUUUAGAGCCUCCAGUGGGAUGAAGAUGAACAUAUUGUUUUGGAGAGAACUAGAGGAACUCUAGGGCAGUCUGAUCUCAAUAUUGAACUUUCUCCCUGAAUUUUCUUCAGAUCAACAAUUGGGAACAACCACACACUCAAGAUGAAAAGCUCUUUCAUAUUGGUAAAGGAGGUGAAUAAUCAUUAGCCAUGCAGUAAAUACUCUUAAUAUCAGAUGGGCUGUAGUUAUCAGUCUUCCUUAAAAAUGUGGAAGCAUCCACUGUUGGUGAGGGUCUCCUAUUUUUUCCUGAUAAUAGAGCAUAGAAAGAGAACAAGGCAAGCCAAUGGUGGUCCUGCAACAGCUGAAGUAAGCAAGCUGGGACAACAAUGUGCAGGUGUCCAGUAUCUGCUGGUGGCCAGGUUUAUUUUCUUUGGAGAGUCAUCUCACCCCAAAGGGGCAGCCACUCAACAAAGAGCUUCCUCAGAUAUGCCAGUCCAUGGUAAGAUGCACGUCUGCUCCCCACCAUUUAGAGUAGGACUUUCCAAGUCCUGUAUCCAGCUGCCUCCGUGAAAGGUCACCACAGCCAGGGCUCUAAACAGGCAUGUGAAGAACACCUGGCGUGCUGCGUCCCAUACAGAGUAUCUGCUGACCUUCUUCCAAGAGGAUGC